CUAUUUUACCUUCCAGAAACGUUUUGCUCAACCUUCAGGGACCGUCCGGGACGACGAUGCCGCCCGAAACGCAGCCGCAAACGCCACCUAACUUCUGGGGAGACAUGCCGGAGGAAGAGUAUUACACGUCGCAAGGAGUACGCAACACCCAGUCCUACUUCGACACACCCAACGGCAAAAUCUUCACCCAGAGUUUCCUGCCGUUGGACCAAAAAGUUAAAGCCACCGUAUUCAUGACCCACGGCUACGGCUCUGAUACCGGCUGGAUGUUCCAGAAGAUCUGUAUUCGUUAUGCUACUUGGGGUUAUGCUGUUUUUGCUGCUGAUCUUCUCGGACAUGGCAGAUCGGACGGGCUCCGGUGCUACUUAGGUGACAUGGAGAAAAUUGCGGCGACGUCCUCGUUGUUCUUCAAGCACGUGCGCUAUAGCGAAGAGUAUAGUGAUUUGCCGGCGUUUCUCUUCGGCGAGUCCUUGGGCGGAAUGACGACGAUGCUGAUUUACUUCCAAUCGGAACCAGGGACGUGGACGGGCCUGAUUUACUCGGCCCCACUCUUCGUCAUGCUGGAGAACAUGAAGCCCAGCAAGGUACAUCUCUUCAUGUACAGUAUUCUCUUCGGAUUGGCCGACACGUGGGCGACGAUGCCGGACAACAAGAUGUUGGGGAAAGCAAUCAAGGAUCCGGAGAAACUGAAGAUAAUCGCGUCGAACCCGCGGAGGUACACGGGGCGGCCGAGGGUGGGGACGAAGAGGGAGCUGUACAGGGUGUGUCAGUACAUACAGGAUAAUUUCUCGAGAGUUGCGGCGCCGUUCCUGACAGUACACGGGACUGCGGACGGGGUGACGUGCCCGACAUCAUCCCAGCUGUUGUACGAGAAGGCAUCGAGUCAGGACAAGAGCUUGAAGCUGUACGAAGGGAUGUACCAUUCUCUGAUUCAAGGGGAGCCUGAAGAGAAUGCUGAGACUGUUUUGAGGGAUAUGAGGGAGUGGAUUGAUGAAAGAGUUGAAAGGUAUGCAAAAAAAUGAAAAAAAAAAAAAAAGAGUACAAAUAUUGGGAUGAAAUAAAAAGAGAAAUUUGAA